UGCCACUUUCCCCCCUGGGUCAGUCCUGAGACAUCCAUGAAGAACUGAGUCAGAACCUGAGAGUUGCCACAUUGUCCACCUAGGAGGAGACCAGGAGCAGAGAUGGAGAGUGCGCCCCCUGGAGGAGCCAACUGCACUACUGAAGCCUGACACUAGCUGCACCACUGACGCCUGAGUCCAGCUGCACUGUUGAAGCCUGAGUCCAGGUGCACCACUGAAGCCUGAGUCCAGGUGCACCACUGAAGCCUGAGUCCAGGUGCACCACUGAAGCCUGAGUCCAGGUGCACCACUGAAGCCUGAGUCCAGGUGCACUACUGAAGCCUGACACUAGCUGCACCACUGACGCCUGAGUCCAGCUGCACUGUUGAAGCCUGAGUCCAGGUGCACCACUGAAGCCUGAGUCCAGCUGCACCACUGAAGCCUGAGUCCAGGUGCACCACUGAAGCCUGAGUCCAGGUGCACCACUGAAGCCUGAGUCCAGGUACACCACUGAAGCCUGAGUUCAGCUGCACCACUGAAGCCUGAGUCCAGCUGCACCACUGAAGCCUGAAUCCAGGUGCACCACUGAAGCCUGAGUCCAGGUACACCACUGAAGCCUGAGUCCAGGUGCACCACUGAAGCCUGAGUCCAGCUGCACCACUGAAGCCUGAGUCCAGCUGCACUGUUGAAGCCUGACACCAGCUGUGCCGCUGAAGCCUGAGUCCAGCUGCACCACUGAAGCCUGAGUCCAGCUGCACCACUGAAGCCUGAGUCCUACUUCACCACUGAAGCCUGAUGUCAGUUGAACCACCGAAGCAUGAUGCCAGCUGCACCACUAAAACCUUACGCCAGCUGCACCACUGAAGCCUGGCUCCAGCUUCACCACUGAAGCCUGAGUCCAGCUGCACCACUGAAGCCUGACGCCAGCUGCACCACUGAAGCCCGAUGCCAGCUGCACCACUAAAGCCUGAGUCCAGCUGCACCACUGAAGCCUGACGUCAGCUGCACCACUGAAGCCUAAUGCCAGCUGCACCACUGAAGCCUGAGUCCGGCUGCACCACUGAAGCCUGACGCCAGCUCAUUACCAUCUAACGAACUCCCUUCUGACACCAACAGACAUGGAGAGACUGCGCGAAGUCUUCCAGAAAAUUCUCCAAUCAAAUCAGUCCAGUCUGGGACAGGAGGUGGAAACGUUGCUCCAUUAUACCCUCAGACAUGAUGACCUGGAGCAGACGGACGAUCCCAGGGACAAAGUACAAGAAGUCCUCAACAUAUUACUUGACGCAGGGGAAGACGCUUGUCGAGGAUUUUUGGAAAAUAUGAACAAAAAUUCUGAUUUGUUUCCCCGGAUUCUGCAUAUCCUGAAGGAGCCAAGCGGUGACAAGGCAAUGUUCGAGCUGGCAGUUGAAGACUUGGGUCUAGGUGAAUUUCUCCAACACAAGCUGACACUUUCCAGUGUCCAGAGUCUUCUUUGUGGAGAACUAUCCAAUGUUUCCUGUCAUUCCAUGAAGGACAUUUCUAUGAACUUUCUAAGACAUCUCAUGGCAUUGAAUAUGCAAGAAGCUUUCAGAAGCGUUAACUUCAACCGUGAAGCUGCUCAUUCAGAGCAGAAAACUUCAGACAACAUAUCAGGAUGCGUCCACCCUUUAGAUGUUCUCUGCGCUCUCCUCCAUUGCUCGGACAAUUUUCUACGAAAAGAGAUUAUACGGCGGAUGUCCAUGUGCCAGGUGCCUGUUCCUCUGCUGCUUCCUGCUGGUGAAUACAGAGACGGCACAUUUCUGUUGUGGGCAAUGAGAGGUGUUAUGAAACCAUCGAUCAACCAUAGUGCAUUUAUUGAAGACAGUGUAGUGAACAUCCCUUUGCCAGUUUUUUCCUUCAUAAGUCUAGGUGAAUGUAGAUGUAAGUCCAUAGCCAAGAUUAUCCAUCAAACUCUACCGAAAGUUCAACAGAGAAAUCAGGAUGAUGUGAUGCGUUGGGGUGAUAUGCCAAGAUGUCUCUCAGAUGGUUUGGUGGAAAUAUCUUGGUAUUUCCCUUCUGACCAAACAGACUUGACGCUACUCAAUGCACCUUUUGCAGUGACCAACCUAUAUGGAGACUUGCAAUCCAAUAUGAAGCAGUUCCACUUUUUAACAAAUGUGUCCUCUGCAGUGUUCAUACUUGCAGAAAAUAUGACUGAUCAACAGUGGAACCUGUUAUUAAAGGCCGAGGGAGAUAAGAAAAAUUACUAUUUCAUAGUUCAAGACCAACUCAACCAACAUUCAAGCAGGUUUUGUAACCAAUUUUCAGACUUCGGAUUAGAUAAGCAGAAUGUUCUGGUGGAAUCUCAUGAGAACUUUCAAGAAAACUUACAGCUUAUCCUAAGAAAUAUAAUGCAAAGUUCUCCUAAACAGAUGACACUGAGCGAAAUGUCGCUGGUGGCCUCAAAACUUGACUUCUGUAGUGAUGAAAACCAACCUGGCUGUGAGUAUGCAAGAUUGCACUCUCUGGACCUCACCACCGAUAUUAUAAAUGCAGCAGAAUAUAACGAAGGAAACAUAAAGCAGCAGAAAAAUCUAAAAAUGCAAAUCUCAGAAAUCGAAAAAGAGGUAUGUCGACUGAGAGACCAAGGAGAACUUCACACAAUGGACUAUAAAUCCAAGCUAAUGAAUAUGUAUGAUCUCCAAGUUAAAAAUUGCAAUAAUCACAGUGAUAUAAUGACCAAUCUAUGUUACACAUUUACUUUCAUGAACAAAGAAGAGCAAAAAUAUUUCCUUCAAUGGAUAAAGUUUCAAACAUUCUCCACAAGCUCCACAGUAAGUGAGAUAAUACAAGAAGAUGUGUUUUGUAAGAUUGCACAGAUGUAUGAAGCAGAAGUUAUCACAGGAAGCACAGAAGAAACGACAAGACUGUUUGCUAAAUGUCCUGAAGCAGCUGCAGAUCUCCUCCUUCAAGGAAUUCCGCUUGAGCUUAUUGAUGGAGACACCCCCAACAUACACCUGAAGUGGAUCACUGAUGUCCUGUCAGAGCUGGACACCAGAACAAAAGGGAAAUGCAGAAUGAGAGUGAUAUCUGUACUAGGGGUUCAAGGGACAGGGAAGUCCACUCUGCUGAACACCAUGUUUGGUCUACAGUUCCCUAUGACCCAUAGACAAUGCACACGAGGAGCUGUAAUGAGUCUUAUUAAGGUGGAAGAGAAAGACUUAGGCUGUGACUACCUUGUGGUGAUUGACUGUGAAGGAUUACGAGAUCUUGAUAGGGCUUCAGCUGAGGACAGCUUUGAUCAUGACAAUGAGUUGGCGACACUGGUGGUUGGGUUGAGUGAUUUUGCAAUAAUCAACAUGGCUUUGGGAAGUACCUCAGAAAUGCUAGAUAUACUGCAGAUUGUGGUUCAUGCAUUACUAAGGAUGAAAGCAACUGGGCAAAAUCCCAACUGUCUGUUGGUCUAUCAGAUUAUCAAAGGGGCAUCUCCUGAAGACAUAACCAUGAUAGAAGACGAGGAAAUGCUACAUCUACAAAUUGAAAAAAACAGCAACUUCCUCCAGUAUAAUGAUACCAUAGAAUGCAACAUUUUGGAUGGUUACUGGACCAUUCCUCCCUUUGAUCUUGAAACUUCUUGUUAUAGUACCAAAGUUGUAGAGUUAAAACAAUAUCUACUGCAAGAGAUAAAAUAUAUAUCUCAACCCGGCAGCUUUCGCGAUGUGCAGAGCUUUGCUGGUGAUAUCAAGGCUCUAUGGAAUUCAGUGAAAUAUGAAAAUUACAUCUUCAGAUUCAAGAAUAUUUUAGAAGGAAAGAUAUACACUGAGCUCUAUGAAAGGUUCCUGGAACUGGAAUGGAAUCUGUGUACAAAAAUGCACAGGAGGUGGGCCACCCUAGAAGACUGGGCCUACGAACAACCUGCUGGUGAACUGCAUACAAGUUCAUUAGUCCAAGAUGUAUUGAGAAUGCUUAAUGAAGAGACAAUAAUGAUGCAAGACUCCUUACAGGUCUAUUUCACAGAAAAUUCUGAAGAUACACAUUCUUACAUAGCAAGGAAGUUUGAAGUUGAGUUUAUGGAGAAGAUGAAAAACCUCAAGAGUCAGAUGGAAGCUAACUACAUGACAAAGUGCUCCAUAUUUAAACCUUUAAGGUUGGGAUUAGAAAAUACAAUUGUGGAGGAUUUCUCCCGAGAAGAACAGGACCCUGCUGAAACUAACAUCGAUGUGACAUCCUACUGGAAUAAUUCUUUAGCCAAAUAUAAGUCCAUGAUACUGAAGCAUCAUAAUGUCGAGGAAACAUUUUUACAACUCCUGAGACAAGAUAUGAGGACUAAAGGGAGCUUAGUCACAGAACUCAUCCACAAUAUCAGCAGUUUGUCAGAAUAUGUUCCUGCAGAUUUCACAUAUGAUGUAAACUAUGUCAACAAAUCUUUUUUGCGGGGGAAAUGUGACCACAUGGAAAACUGUCUAGCCUGCCACAACAAAAGGCUCAGCACCAUCAGGUUCUUAUUUGAGAAAUCUUAUAAAUAUGUCCAGAAAGUGGUUGAGUCAGAAACAGUGUAUGACCCGCUGCAUGGCAUGACCCUGCUGAACAUGGUUAAUAAAGUGAUCCGUGACGACACCGUGCCUUACGCAGUCCUGUUUGAACUAAAUCUCAAGCUCCAAAUUUUGGCACAAUCUGCUCCACAUUUUCAGAAGAUGCAUGAUGACUUCUUAGGAGUAUGUUCUAAACAGGUUGUUGACCACGGAGCGGAAGGAAUAAAUUACCUAGAGCAAAUACUACAAGAUAAAAGGAUUGCCAAAAACUAUUGUCAAGAUUGGUUGAGGCCGGCGGUGGAACUAAAAGUCAAGAAAAUGUUCAGACAAAGAUUUACCAAUGAAUAUACAAACCAUAUGUGUGCAAUGAUGAAGAGCAGGCGGAGGCCCACUGAGGCUUCACGUGAACUGAGGUGCGUUCAUCAUGCUCCAGUAGAAGACACUCUGGAGAAUUUUUGUAAUCGUUACACAGAUCGAAAUGAGAUUCAGAUCCUAUUAGCAAACAUCAUUUCUUCAGUUAUAGAGGACAUCAGGAAGGUGCUAAACCACCCAGACGUCCUGAAAAGUGGGAAUGUUAGGGACCUCUUAGCAUCAGUGUGGUCAGUACUGGAAGAUGGAAUAUCAGGUGGAAGAGAUAAUAUUGCGAAUGCCCCUUUCUGUGUCCCUGUAUCGAGUGUUCAAUGCUCUUCCUAUCUUGACUUUUUUGUAAAAAAAAUAGAAAAACAAAUUCAGGAAGAAUUCGGUUCCAAGAGCAUCGAGGAGCUUUACAUGGGGUGCUCUUAAGUAAUAUACUAAGAUACACUGGACAAUGGGUCAUAAGGUUGGCCGGGGCAUCCUCAUGUGGAGAAGGGAAGAGUUUUAGGAGCAAUGCCAUCUAAAUACUAGUAGAUAGAAACCUCCAAGUUGUCACUUGUUUGUAUUAGACUUUUGACUGGUAAAUCAUUGAUAAAAGGGACACCUAAAGGCUCUUUUGCAUGGACUAAUGAUCGGGAUUAUUGCCCCUUUUUUGUUGGGUGAUCACAUCUUUAAUGAGGCACCAAAAUGGCAAUUUGUCGGUAGCACAUUGUCCUGUGUAAAGAGGAAUGUGCUGCCGACAAUAUGCAAAGUGAAUGGGGGACAAACGAUCGCAGUAACGAUCAUUCAUCUUCCAUUCAGCCAUGUAAAGACAAAUGCUGGUAGACCUGGAUCACUGAUCAGCCAUCAUACCUAAGAAUCAAUGUACAACCGGGAAGGCUCCUAAAGAAGACAUCUAUAGAAGCUGUAAUGGCCGCCAUUCCAGAAACAGACAGGAUACAAGUCUAUCAGAUGUUCAGCUGAAAGACGCCUUAGGACAGGUUUCAAUUCACCAACAGCAAGCACUUAAAACACAAAGCUUAUUAGAAAGUUACAAAAGUUAUCCAUGAAUAAGGUUUUAUCCACACGGCAAGAUUUUUAUACGGUUUGUGACAGUAAUAACCACAUAAUGUCGGGAUUAACCCUUUUCAUCUUCUUUUUUAUUUAACCCUUUAAGGACACAGACUAUAAAAGUAAAAAAGAGAGAAUAAACGUGUGCCUCAAAGUAAUAUUAGUCUACAUUCACGCGACUGUAAAAAUGAGUCCGCAUCUGUUCCGCAAUUCAUUUCUAUGC